AUGGGCACACACACCACGGUUCUCUGUAUCCGUGUGCUACUUCCCUUGACAGACACCCGAAGCAGAGGGAGGAGACGGCCUAAUGGCUAAGCACUAUAUUAUUCUCAUCUUCUUCCUCCUACUCAUUAGUUCAUUCUGCAAAUCCGAUGAUCAGCUCACACGUACAAAGCCACUUACGGACCAUGACAUACUCAUCUCCAAGGACGGGGACUUUGCUCUCGGCUUCUUCUCCCCGGACAGCUCCAACAAGAGUUUCUACCUUGGCAUAUGGUACCACAGCAUCCCCGGAGCACGCACAGUUGUGUGGGUCGCCAACCGAGAUGACCCAAUCACCACCCCUUCAUCUGCCAAGCUCGCCAUCACCAACGGUUCUCAGAUGAUAUUGUCCAGCUCCGAAGGUCGCAAUAUUUGGGCGACGACAAGCAAUAUCGCCACAGGAGGGGCUGAAGCUUAUGCAGUGUUACUCAACACGGGGAACUUUGUUCUCCGGUUGCCAAACACCACGGAUAUAUGGCAGAGCUUCGAUCACCCAACCGACACAAUACUCCCAACCAUGAAGUUUUGGAUGAACUACAAGGCACAAGUCAUCAUGCGUCUGGUCGCUUGGAAGGGCCCGGAUGACCCGUCUUCUGGGGACUUCUCCUGCAGCGGUGACCCUAGCUCGCCGGGCCUUCAAUGGUUAAUUUGGCACGGGACCAUGGCUUAUGCCCGUGGAACCACGUUGAAUGGUGUGUCGGUGACUAGUAGCCCAUACCUAAGCAACGCCAGCUCGGUCCUAUAUGUAACCGGCGUCAACCUCGGGGAUGAGUUCUAUUUUAUGCUUACCGUCUCCAAUGGCUUGCCAUUGGCGCGCGUGACACUUGACUACACAGGCGUGCUAGGGUUCACAAGCUGGAACAACCAUUCAUCAUCAUGGUCAGUCAUUUCUGAGAACCCCAAAGCUCCAUGCGACCUCUAUGCCUCAUGUGGCCCGUUCAGCUAUUGCGACCUCACUGGGACUGCCCCCAAGUGCCAGUGCCUCGAUGGGUUCGAGCCCAAUGAUUUUAACUUUUCGAGAGGAUGCCGGAGAACAUUGGAGCUGAAAUGUGACAAGCAAAGUCGUUUUGUGACCUUGCCUAGGAUGAAGGUCCCUGACAAGUUCUUGCACAUAAAAAACAGAAGUUUCGAUGAGUGCACGGCCGAGUGCACCGGUAAUUGCUCGUGUAUCGCAUAUGCUUACGCCAACGCUGGCGCUGCGACCGACUCGUCAAGGUGCUUGGUUUGGACAGGGGACCUUGUUGAUACAGGGAAGACCGUCAACUACGGUGAUAACCUUUACCUUCGGCUUACAGUUGACAAAAAGAGCAGUGCAAUAAAGAUUGUACUCCCGAUUGUAGCAUGCCUGCUGCUACUUACGUGCAUAGCCCUGGUCUGCUUUUGCAAAUACAGAGCAGGCAAACGGCGAAAGAAAGAAAUCGAGAAGAAAAUGAUGUUGGAAUACUUUAGCACUUCCAAUGAGCUCGAAGGUGAAAAAACAGAUUUUCCAUUUAUUAGCUUUCAAGACAUCCUUUGGGCAACAAAUAGGUUCGCUGAUUCCAAUUUGCUGGGACAGGGAGGUUUUGGAAAAGUUUACAAGGGAACAUUGGAAGGUGGAAAUGAAGUUGCUGUCAAAAGGCUUAGCAAGGGUUCUGGACAAGGCACACUGGAGUUCAGAAAUGAAGUAGUUCUAAUUGCCAAACUGCAGCACAAGAACCUAGUCAGACUUCUUGGCUGCUGCAUUCAUGAAGAUGAGAAGCUACUGAUCUACGAAUACUUACCUAACAAAAGUUUAGAUGCGUUUCUUUUCGAUGUUGCACGAAAAUAUGAGCUUGAUUGGUCUACAAGAUUCAAAGUAAUUAAAGGAAUAGCAAGAGGCCUUCUUUAUCUCCAUCAAGAUUCAAGAUUAACAAUAAUUCACAGAGAUCUCAAAGCAAGUAACAUCUUGUUGGACAAAGAAAUGAUUCCCAAAAUUUCAGAUUUUGGUAUGGCAAGAAUAUUUGAUGCAAACCAGAACCAAGCAAACACUAUCCGUGUCGUUGGGACAUAUGGUUACAUGUCACCUGAAUAUGUGAUAGGAGGUGCUUUUUCUACAAAAUCGGACACUUAUAGCUUCGGUGUUCUUCUCUUGGAGAUUGUUAGUGGCUUGAAGAUCAGCUCACCUCAGCUUAUACCGAACUUUUCUAGCCUUAUAACUUAUGCAUGGAGAUUAUGGGACGACAAAAAAGCAACUGAACUGGUAGAUUCUUCGGUCGUUGAUAGCUGCAAGAUUCAUGAAGUUCUACGGUGCAUUCAUGUGGGUCUCUUGUGUGUUCAAGACCGUCCUGAUGAUCGGCCACUUAUGUCAUCUGUUAUGUUUGCGUUAGAGAACGAAAGCGCGGUGCUUCCAGCUCCAAAGCAACCAGUAUAUUUUUCUCCGUUUAAUUACAAAGUUGGAGAAGCAAGGGAAAACAUGGAGAAUUCUGCCAAUCCAAUGAGUAUCACAACACUCGAGGGCCGUUAGAUGUUUUCUAAUCUAGUCUAUGUAAAAUUUAGGAUAGCUAGUUAUAUACUUUAUGAAUUUACACUUUCUGAACUUACUUUUUCUUAGGUAGUUGUAAUACUUGUGAGUUUUAUUGUGUGGGAAGAGCUGUGAACAAACCCCUGGUCCUUAAUUGACACUCCGUAUAUGCUAUUCAUAUGUCUAUAUCUUUUUAUAA